ACUCCUCAUCGGUGGAACCAAACCCAGCAGUUUUUCGCGCGCACUUUCGUCGUCAUGCGCCACUUUGAAUAGCCACGAAAGAGCGAGGACGGGCUCCGAAACGGCUUUGGAAGCCAAUAUAAGAUAUAGUAGGAUCCUGCGGCCUUGGAUGAAAUAGGAUUCAUGAGCGUCACACAACAUCUUUCGGCAGUAACAUCUAUAUAUUAAGUUAAUAAAUAGAAUAUGGCGCCUCUGCAAGCAGCUAGUUCCCUCAAUUGGGCCUUAAUCGGCGUAGUAUUAGUUGUUUCAGUGAUUGUAGGCAAAGCGAUCUACAAUGUGUUCCUACACCCUCUGCGAUCCUAUCCCGGGCCUUUCCUUUGGAAGCUCUUCCCCCUCGCCCGAUGGAUUCGCUUUUCGCACGGAGACCUGCCCUUUUACAUGAGAGAGCUGCACACCAAAUACGGGCCCGUCGUGCGGAUAGCCCCGAACGAGUUGGCGUUCUGCCAUCCCCAAGCGUGGAAGGAUAUCUACGGCCACCGCUCCGGAGGCGCGCCGGAGCUGCCCAAGUACGAGUACUUCUACCGCGCCGUGGACAACAUACCGCGAGGUAUCCUCAACGCGCACCGCGAUGAGCACGCCGCCCUGCGCCGCCAGCUGUCGCACGGCUUCUCCGAGCGCUCGAUGCAGCUCCAGGAGCCCAUCAUCGGAUCGUACGUCGACUUGCUGGUCCGCCGGCUCCAAGAACAGUGCCAGGGAGGCGCCGUCGGCCUCAACAUGCGCGAGUGGCUGAACUGGACGACGUUCGACGUCAUCGGCGACCUAGCCUUCGGCUCGUCGUUCGACUGCCUCGAGAAAUCCGACUACCACCCGUGGGUCAAGCUCGUCGCCAACUCGGUGCAACAGACGGCCGCCAUGCACGUGCUCGCCGGCAUGGGGCUCCGGCCGCUUAUCCGGGCCCUCCUCAAGAUGACGAGGCUCGCGAUCACGGACAACCAGAAGUUGGUCGCGGCGAAGCUGCAGCAGAGGAUCGAGCUCGGCGUCGAGAGGCCGGAUUUCCUCGAGGCGUUCAUCAAGAAGAAGGAGGCGGGCGAGAUGGGCUUCUGGCAGAUCGCCGCGAACGCCAUGAUCCUCAUCGUGGCCGGGAGCGAGACCACGGCGACGCUGUUGAGCGGCGCGCUGUUCCUGCUGACGACGAACCCGGAUAAGCUCGAGAAGCUCACUCAGGAGGUCCGGUCUUCGUUUAAUAAUGAUGAUGAGAUUACUUUGAGCUCGGUUUCGAGGUUGUCGUAUAUGCUGGCCUGUCUCAAUGAAUCCCUUCGAAUGUACCCUCCUGUUCCGACCGGAAUGCCGCGACAGUCUCCGAAGGGCGGUUGUUUCAUCUUGGGGAAAUUCGUUCCUGAGGACACCGUCGUAGCCGUCUGGCAGUAUUCCGUCAACCACAACCCGAACUUCUGGACGGAGCCGGACAGUUUCGCGCCGGAACGAUUCAUGGGCGACCCGAAGUUCAAGAACGACCAGCUCGACGCGAUGCAGCCUUUCAGCGUCGGCCCGCGGAACUGCAUCGGUCGCAACAUGGCUUACGCCGAGAUGCGGCUUAUCCUGGCCAGGAUCAUCUACAACUUCGAUAUGGUGAUUGCUGAUGACAGCCGCGACUGGGUGAAGAUCCAGAAGGCUUACACCCUGUGGAAAAAGCCGGCGUUGAACAUACACAUGAAGCCCGUCGUCAGGUGAAGGGGGUGAUCAUGGCGUCUGUUUUUCGAGAUAUGUGAGAUUAUGGUAAAGCCUUCAGAUUGAUAAUGAUCUUGUAGCCUCGUUCUUCUCUAUUUGCGUGUAUUAUUUCUUGAGGUUAACAGGUUAGUGUAGGUAGGAAUGGGAUAGUUAGGAAUUCCAUACUGUAUUUUACCAGUAAUUUAUCUUCACGAACACUGCCAGUCAGCCACGUGGCGUGCCAAGCUAAGCACCAGGUAUCA